GUAUAUAAUAAUACUGGAGUACAUUCACCCAAAUGGGUUUAUACUUUCACAGUAUUCGUGUAUUGAGUAAACUUGUACUGACUCAAAUAAAACAGAAUAAUUGUAAUUUAAUAAGAGAAUUACGCACGACUGUCGGAUUUGCUAAGAAUUUUGACUGGGGAUCAAAAAAAAAAUUUCGUAAAGUAAAAUUGAAUUUUCCUCUCGACAUGACGGACCCGAAAAUUGAAGAAACUUUAGCACCUCUACGUGCUAAUGUCAAGGAACAGGGUGACUUGGUCCGUAAAUUGAAAUCCGAUGGCGCACCAGAACUGGACGUUAAAAAAGCAGUGGCUGAAUUAAAACUCCGUAAAAAAAUACUUGAAGACAAAGAAUUGUCAUUUAUAUCUGACUCCCAGACGUUCGAUCGCUCGCGUAUGGAAGAUUUAUUAAAACGUCGCUUCUUUUUCGAUCAAUCAUUCGCCAUUUACGGUGGCGUCACCGGACAAUAUGACUUUGGACCAAUGGGUUGCGCAUUUAAAGCCAACCUACUCAGUGCAUGGCGUAGUUUUUUCGUACUAGAAGAACAGAUGCUUGAAGUAGACUGCUCGAUUCUGACACCUGAGCCAGUGCUGAAAGCCUCAGGUCACGUUGAUAGAUUCGCGGACCUGAUGGUAAAAGACGUCAAAAGUGGCGAGUGUUAUCGUCUUGAUCAUUUGAUAAAAGCGCACUUGGAAAAGAUUGCGGCAGACAAGAAAACUGAUGAGCCAACCAAAGCAGAGUGCCAGGAUAUUGUUGUUAAACUCGAUGGUAUGACUAAAGACGAGAUGGCUGCAGUCAUGAAAAAAUUCAAUAUGAAGUCACCGUCAACUGGCAACGAUUUGACUGAACCAAUUGAAUUCAAUUUAAUGUUCGGUACUCAGAUUGGUCCUUCCGGUACAAUGAAGGGAUUCCUACGUCCAGAAACAGCGCAAGGAAUAUUCGUAAACUUCAAACGUCUGUUAGAAUUCAAUUCCGAAAAAUUACCUUUCGCCGCAGCGCAAAUAGGUAACGCUUUUCGUAACGAAAUAUCGCCGCGUUCUGGUUUAAUAAGAGUCCGUGAAUUUACAAUGGCUGAAAUUGAACACUUCUGCGAUCCAAAUGAUAAAUCACAUCCUAAAUUUGAUGCAAUAAAAGAUACUAGCCUGUUACUGUACUCAGCGUGCAAUCAAAUGGAUGGUAAAAGUGCCGAAACCCGGACGAUUGGUGAUGCUGUUUCAUCAGGAUUGGUAGCCAAUGAAACUCUCGGUUACUUUAUAGCAAGGAUCCAAGAAUUUCUGGUAAAAGUUGGUGUCGAUCCUAAGAAACUGCGGUUCCGCCAGCAUAUGAACAAUGAAAUGGCUCAUUACGCUUGCGAUUGCUGGGAUGCUGAAUGUCUUACUUCGUACGGUUGGGUCGAGUGCGUUGGUUGUGCAGAUAGAUCUGCUUAUGAUUUAACUCAGCAUACCAAAGCCACUGGGGUUAAAUUGGCUGCUGAAAAAAAACUGGCACAGCCUAAGACAAUAGAUGUCUGUGAGGCGAUACCGAAUCGCGGUCUUAUUGGUAAGACGUUUAGAAAUAAAGCUAAAGAAGUACUUGAAGUAAUCGCUGCUGCUGAGAAAGAUGGACUGGAUCAGCUGGAAAAGGCUCUCGAUUCAACGGGAUCCUACGAAGUUACAUUAGCUGAUGGUUCAAACGUUAGUCUUACUAAAGAAAUGGUGACCGUCAAGAGAUACCAGAAGAUUGUUCAUGUUGAAGAAAUAACUCCGUCAGUUAUUGAACCUUCGUUUGGUAUCGGACGUAUCAUGUACGCAAUCUUUGAACACAACUUCAAAAAACGUGACGGUGAUGAAAUGCGAACGUACAUCAGCUUGCCGCCUGUUGUCGCUCCACUUAAAUGUUCAGUUUUACCACUGAGUGGAAACUCGGAAUUCGUACCGUUCGUAAAACAAUUGUCCCAGGGAUUGACCAGAGCUGAUGUGUCUCAUAAAGUUGACGAUUCUUCCGGAAGUAUUGGACGUAGAUAUGCACGUACUGAUGAAAUAGCUAUUCCGUUUGGUAUUACGGUGGACUUUGACACGCUCAAGACACCUCACAGCGCGACUUUGAGAGAACGCGACAGCAUGAGACAGCUCAGGAUCCCGCUGGAUGAGCUGCCAGGUGUUAUUAGAGACCUUUCUUACGGCAAAGUUACUUGGACGGAGGUCGAGACGAAGUAUCCCAAGUUUGAACAGCAAGAAUCACAUGAAGCUUAGAUACGUUUUUAAAUAUUUUUGUAAUAGGAUAAUAUAAUUUUUUCACAAACUAAAAGUUUGAUGGACAUGUUUCUUCAUGUUUGCAAUGCAUUUCUAUAAGCUUUGAGUACUUUUUUUUUAUAUUUUUCACGAUUUUUAUUCUGUUUAAAUAAUAAAUCUCGUUGAAUAAUUG